AUGGAAAUUCUCAACAGAAUACACAUCGCUUUACAUAAUGCGGGUAUGGCCAAUAGAAUACUUAAACCACAGCAAAUACAAUGUUUUGAUUACAUUUGUAAGGGACAUGAUGUUAUUGCAGUUUUGCCUACUGGAUUUGGAAAGUCAGUUUUAUUUCAGUUGCUUCCAGACAUAUUGCCGACAAAAACAACAAUCAACAUUGUUAUUGUGCUGUGCCCUCUUUCGUCUAUCAUCGAGGAUCAGCUGCACAGUCUUAAGAUAAUGAGUAUUAACGCCGGUGUUCUUCCAUCACGUUACGAAAACGAAAAUUGUGAAACGCUAUUCAACAAUGAAGAUAUGGGCAUGGCAGCCGACAUCCAUUUGCCAGACGAUCUUGUAAAUGGGCUUACCAGCAUAGUUUUCGCUCAUCCUGAAGAUCUCCUUUCUGAUGUUGGCAGAAAACUUAUGAAAUCAGAUGUCUAUCAGAAGAAUGUUGUAGCCUGUGUAAUCGACGAAGGUCAUUGUGUGGAAAUGUG